AUGUCGGGCACGAUGCCAGCAUUAGAUGAUGACGCUGAGAACAAGGAUGAGGAAAGAACUUUGAAGAUUGUCGUUUGCGGGGAUGGAUCCUCUGGCAAGACUUCUUUAUGUCAAAGGUUUUCCAAAAACGGAUUUGACCGAGCAUACCAUCAGACAAUAGGUUUGGAUUUUUACUCUCGACGAUUAACACUUCCGGGGGAUAUAAUGGUCCUUCUGCAGGUUUGGGAUAUUGGAGGGCAGAGCAUUGCUGGAGAGCUGAUUGAUAAGUACAUAUAUGGGGCUCAUUGCGCUCUACUUGUCUAUGACGUUACUAAUACAAAAUCGUAUGAUAACAUUCAAGAUUGGAUAUCUGUUAUAAGAAGAGUUACAAAACAACAAGAGAAGCCACCAGAAAUGAUUCUUGUCGGAAAUAAAGUUGAUCUGGAAGCCAAACGAGCUGUGACUAUUGAUAUGCAUAACCAGUUGGUGAAAAAAUUCGAUUUAGAUUCAGCCUAUACUUCGGCUAAGACAGGAGACUCUGUUCUCUUGACAUUUCGGCAAGCUGCUGCUCGGGUCCUGAAGAUUGUACUUUCGAAAUCGGAUCAAGAGUCAGAUAUAGUGAUAGUUCAGGGAGAAGUCGCUGCAGAGUCGGGAAUGCCAAGGAAAUCUCGAAUGACAGCAACACAAUCAAGUGGAAUUUGUUCAGUUCAAUAA